AUGGUGGAGAAAAGCCACACAGAGAGAGACACGACGCUUGUGGUCCUUUCUAUUUCGUUCUGCCUUGUCUUCCUCAUAUUUAGACAAAAGUCCACUCAUUCCAAGUUACCACCUGGUAAAAAGGGUUGGCCAAUCAUUGGAGAAACAUUAGAAUUUGGUACGGCUGGACAAAGGGGAACCCCAGAGAUAUUCAUUAGGGAAAGAAUGAGAAAAUACUCUCAGGAUCUCUUUCAAACCUCACUGUUUGGGGAGAACUUGGCUGUGUUGUGUGGUGCUUCAAGAAACAAGUUUUUGUUCUCCAACGAGAAAAAAUAUGUCACCGCUUGGUGGCCACGAAGCAUACAGAAAGUAGUGUUUGAAUCUGAAGAAAGCUAUGACAACAAUGAUUCUACUAAAUUGCGUAGCCUCGUGGUUGAAUUUCUAAAGCCAGAAGCUCUUCAACAUUUCAUAGCUAUCAUGGACUCCAUGGCAAAGGAACACUUGGAGAUAGAUUGGUGUCCUUACAAACAAGUCAAGAUUUUGUCACUGUCAUUGAAGUAUACCUUUGCAUUGGCUUGUAGGUUGUUUAUGAGUAUCACAGAUCAUAACCAUGUGAAAACAUUUUCUGAUGCCUUUAACCUUGUCAAAGCUAGUACAGUGUCUGUGCCUAUAAAUAUUCCAGGUACAGCCUACAAUCGUGCCUUAAAAGGAGGCAAAGUUAUUCGCCAAGAGAUUUUUGCGCUUAUCAAAGAGAGGAAGAAAGAGCUAGCAGAGAAUAAAGGGACAGUUGCUCAUGACUUAUUGACUCAUACACUCCUUGCAUCAGAUGAGAAGGGUAGAGCUUUGGACGAGAUGGUGAUUGCUGGAAACAUUUUGGGCUUACUUAUUGCUAGCCAUGAUACCACUAGUUCUGCUAUCACAUCCGUGUUGAAGUAUCUAGCAGAGUUCCCUCAUGUUUACAAUCUGGUCUUGCAAGAGCAAGUGGAGAUUGCAAGAUCCAAAGGUCCAAAGGAUUUGUUGAAUUGGGAUGACAUUAAAAAGAUGAAGUACUCUUGGAAUGUAGCAUGUCAGUCGAUGAGGCUAUUAUCGCCUGCUCAAGGAGCAUUCAGAGAGGUUAUACAUGACUUUACUUACAAAGGUUUUACUAUCCCUAAAGGGUGGAAGACAUUUUGGACUGUACAUUCGACACACAAAAAUCCUAAAUACUUUCCAGAUCCUGAGAAAUUUGAUCCUUCAAGAUUUGAAGGGAAUGGCCCAGCACCUUACACUUUUGUACCAUUUGGAGGAGGACCUCGAAUGUGCGCUGGAGGGGAGUAUGCUCGUUUACAAACACUAGUGUAUAUGCUUAAUGUGGUGACAAGAUUCAAGUGGGAGAAAGCAAUUCCAGAUGAAAAGAUUACUUACCAACUAUCAUCCAUUCCAGUUAACGGUCUUCCCGUUAUCCUUAAACCUCAUAAAUUUUAG